CCGAGCUAUUGACUGUUUAGCCUUCCAAGGAAGGGCCCAAGAAAAAUUCGGUUUGUCGGUAUUAUCAUUACUAUUUCUUUUUCGUUAAUUAAAGUAAAAUGAAAAAUGGGAAAACGGAAUUACCGCGUACUCUGAGGUGGGAAUACAAAUGAUCAGAGAAGUGAGAAAGCUAAGAACUGAAAAGAACCAAGAGAGAGAGAGAGAGAGAGAGAGAGAGAGAGAGAGAGAGAGGAAAUAGAGAUAGCCAAUAGGAUUGGGAAUGGCAGAGGCGAAGGCCAAGGAUUCUAGUACCUCUAUCGGCAAUCAUUCCAAUUCCAAUUCCAAUCCCAAUUCCAAUUCGAUGGCCGAUCCGACGUCGUCUCAGGAGGACCGCCCUGUCCGAGUCUACGCCGACGGGAUCUACGAUCUCUUCCACUCCGGCCACGCUCGCUCUCUUGAGCAAGCCAAGAAAUCAUUCCUUAAUACCUAUCUGCUUGUUGGAUGUUGCAAUGAUGAAACCACGCACAAGUAUAAAGGAAAAACUGUUAUGACCGAGUCUGAACGUUAUGAAUCUCUCCGUCAUUGCAAAUGGGUGGAUGAAGUCAUUCCUGAUGCACCUUGGGUGAUCUCACAAGAAUUUCUUGAUAAGCACAAUAUUGACUAUGUGGCUCAUGACUCACUUCCUUAUGCGGAUGCCAGUGGAGCUGCAAACGAUGUUUAUGAAUUUGUUAAAAAGAUCGGGAAGUUUAAGGAAACGAAACGAACAGAAGGGAUUUCUACAUCAGACAUUAUAAUGAGAAUAGUAAAAGAUUAUAACCAGUAUGUUAUGAGAAACUUGGAUCGUGGAUACACAAGGAAAGAGCUUGGUGUUAGCUAUGUGAAGGAAAAGCGAUUAAGGGUGAACAUGAGAUUAAAGAAAUUACAAGAGAAAGUGAAGGAACAACAGGAGAAAGUGGGAGAAAAGAUUCAAACUGUUGCUAAAACUGCGGGCAUGCAUCGUAAUGAGUGGGUGGAAAAUGCUGAUCGGUUGGUUGCUGGGUUUCUAGAGAUGUUUGAAGAAGGCUGCCACAAAAUGGGCACAGCCAUCAGGGAACGAAUUCAAGAGCGCUUGGGGCAGCAAUCAAGAGACUGGAAACAUCUGCUACAAAAUGGCAAGGGUGACAUUGACGAUGAGGAGUAUUACUACGAUGAUGAUGAGACCGAUGAUGAAGAGGAAUAUUAUUAUGACGAUGAAGAAUACUACGACGAGGAAGAUGAGGAAAGCGAGAAAGAAAAGAAGUAGGUAUGCAUUUUCAUGUUUGCUGGAUAAGUUUUAGUUCGAACGCAGAAUGUGCCAUUUGCUCUUGGUAUUUCUGUAAAAUGCUAUCCGAUAGCUAUGGAUGGUGGUGAAAGUUUCUUUGUUUUCGCACAGGAGAAUUUAUUUUGAACCUUAUUCUUUUAUGUAAUUUACGUAUUCAUCUUUAGCGUGGCUGAAAUAUCUUCACAUCUUGUAACACAGGUAUACCAUACCAUGUACAUGAAAUGUUGUUUGUGUACGUGUUUUGCAAACAAAUUAGGCCUAAUUUUGAGUUCGUGUUAAGUUUUAUUUGGCUUCUGUGUAAAGAACCUAAUAAGAACCAAUUUACAGCAUUACAAUUUAGAGUUGAUUUUUGUUAUUAAGAGUUUAAUGUAAGAAAUAGUACUGUUAAGAACAUUAGAUG